AUGCCGUUGCCCUGGGGAGAUGCUCGAUUCAUUGGGAUGGGCUUCAGCGUGUUUGUAACGAUCCUCAUCGUCGAAAUGAUAGGGAGCCCUCUGAUGAAAAGCGCGGGCAUUAUCAUCGGUCUCGCAGUCGGUAGCACGAUUUCUGGGGCGCUUGGAUACUGGUCAGCAACGCAAAUACACCAGGCUCCAAAGGCGACCUUCCUAUGGGCGGAGACAUUCAAGUUGAGGGUAGACGGAACGUUGAUCCUCCCGCUCAUGAUCCUAUUCGUCUGCGAAGCUCUUGUGUGCAUGCCUUCCAUAAUUUCGACGUCCGAGAUCUCAGGCAUCGAUGUUGAAGGCAUCAAAGCAAAUACAAGAAUUCAGGGUGGAAUCCUGUGUGAUGCUACUGGAACCCUGAUCUCGGGCCUAGCAAUGUCCCUACCAAUGGUGUCCCAUGCGGGCAAUAAUGGAGUGAUUAUUGUGACCAGCAACGCGAGUCGUCGCGCAGGCUAUUGUGCCUGCAUCAUCCUCAUAAUCAUGGGCAUCUUCGGGAAGUUUGGAGCUGUGUUCGCUGCCAUGCCAUCGGUCAUUCUCGGUGGUAUGCAAGUCUUCCUCUACGCCACAAUCGCAGUCUCCGGUCUCAGGAUUCUCGCCACUAUUCCGUGGACUCGCCGCGACCGGUUCAUCCUCUCGGCAUCUCUCGGUAUGGGGCUACUGAAUAUCGUUACACCAACAUGGUUUUCGGAUGUCCUGAACUACACUGGUCCAAACGUACAGCUCGCGGGUUUCCUGGAGGGGGUGAAUCUUCUGGUGGAAACACCUUUCAUUCUGACGAUGCUUGUGGCGGUUUUGCUGAACUUCAUCAUGCCGGCCGAUCGUAGCCACUUGAAGGCGCCUCUCAGUCCGGAGCGGACUGUCAGUGAUCCGAUAGACCAGGGCAUACGACGAGAUAGUUAA